AUGAACGCCUUUUCUCUUUUAGAAGGCCAUGACACCGACGCCGAAGAUUUACUCGCCCGCCUCUCCGCCGCCAUCAUCGCAAAGGCGGAGAAAAGGAAGGACAGCAACCACUUGCCGUCUUCUUCUCUCGAUCAUGAAAAGCCAAGCGAUAGCAAUAGCCAAAACAAGAAGAUAAAUGGAGCAAUUGUAAAUAAUCAAAGACAAAACAACAUAUACGUGCAAGGCAGGAAACCCAAUAAUGGUCUGAAAAGAAGCUCCAACUACCAAUGGAGACGAGUAGAAGAAGAUAAAGCCGGGUGGCAGACGGUUGGAGGGAGGUCUAACGGCUAUCAAAACAACAGUAAUGCAAACAAUCUCCCGAGAGAGGUUGAGAAUGGUAUUGAGACUCAGAUUGAUCAAAAUUCACCCGAGAAUGGCAACGCUUCUGAUUCGAAAAAGGGACCAAAGGAUGAAACUUGUACAAAGGAGAUAGAGAUAUCAGAUUCACCUGAAGAGGAGGCAAGGAAAAAGGGAUUGGAGGCAAGGAAACAGGAAUUGGAGGCAAGGAGACUGGAAAGGGAAUUGGAGGCAAAGAAAAUGACACUGAAGCAGUAUGAGAAACUUGUUAGGGAGAAGAGGAAGGUUCUGGAAUCAAUGAAAACUGAAGAGCGGAGGGUCGCACUUGACAAAGACUUUAAUUCUAUGCAUAUCAUUGCAAAGAAGAGUGAAGAAGAACCUAAUUUUAUCUCUUCUGGAGACAAGCAGAAGAAGACAAUUCGUUCGUCUUCAUCAUCUUCAUCUUCUUUUAAAGCCCAAAAGAUUAUGCUACCGCAACCACCACCAAGGCGUAGACAAGACAACGGUUCUAGAAACCAACCCGAUGCCUCUCCGAACGUUGGAAAUGUUGUUAUUUUGCCGCCACCUUCUUUUGAAGAUGACCAACAGUUUCCAGCUCUUGCUUGAUUGCUAGUAUUUAAUUGAGCUUUUUUUUUAGAGUGAACUACGAAAAUGGUCCCUGAACUAUGGGUUUAUCUCGUCCAUAGUCCCUGGACUUUAAA